CUUUCUCCAGUGAGAGGAGUGGACAAUGGGCACCUGACUCUUGCCAAUGCUACUAUGUUUUCAGUCUACAGCUAUUGGUCGGGCUGAACAUGGCCCUUUCUGUGGAGACUGAGUCGCACAUCUACCGAGUUCUGCGUACUGCCUCUGGGGCUGCAGCCCACCUUGUGGCCCUGGGCUAUACCAUUUUCGUGGCCGUGCUUGCCAGGCCUGGCUCCAGUCUGUUCUCCUGGCAUCCUGUGCUUAUGUCUCUGGCUUUCUCCUUCCUGAUGACCGAGGCACUACUGGUGUUCUCUCCUGAGAGUUCGCUGCUGCGCUCCCUCUCACGGAAGGGCCGAGCUUGCUGCCAUUGGGUACUGCAGCUGCUGGCGCUGUUGUGUGCACUGCUGGGCCUGGUCCUUGUCAUCUUCCACAAAGAGCAGCUUGGCAAAGCCCACUUGGCCACACGGCAUGGGCAGGCAGGGCUGCUAGCCGUGCUAUGGGCAGGGUUGCAGUGCUCAGGUGGAGUGGGACUGCUGUACCCCAAGCUGCUGCCCCGAUGGCCCCUGGCGAAGCUCAAGCUCUACCAUGCUACUUCUGGGUUGGUGGGCUACCUGCUGGGUAGUACCAGCCUGUUGUUGGGCAUGUGCUCACUCUGGUUCACUGCCACUGUCACUGGUGGAGCCUGGUACCUGGCUGUGCUUUGCCCUAUUCUCACCAGCUUGGUCAUCAUGAACCAGGUGAGCAACGCCUACCUGUACCGCAAGAGGAUCCAACCAUGACCUCUUCUCAGCCAAGGGGAAGCCUAGAUUUGCACUUCAGUAUAGGAGCUGGGACUGAGGACCUCCUGGACUUUCUUAGCUGAUUGGGUCAGGAGACACUUUAGGUACUGGGGCAGGCAGGGCUGAGAUCUGUGUGACAUUUUUGCUCCUUAUGCUAGAGUGCCUCCCUUUUUUUUCUCUCAUCAUUCCAGAGGAGCACAGAUCAUGUGUCUGGAUGAAGUUGGAGUUGCAACACUGCCUCUCAGCAAUGCAGCUCAUACUUGUACUGGUGUAUCCAGAAAUUAUGGAGAAAAAAAGUAAAA